UCCCUGUUUCACUGUCCCCGCCUGAUCUCGGCGCCUAGAUCGAUCCUCUAAUAGCUCGGCGAACGGUCGGUCCCGGUAUCCAGGAUGGCUUCCACCCCCAGCAUCUUCCUGCUGAACGUUAACGGGCAGAUAGAGAGCGCGGAGUUUCCUGAAUUCGAUGAGCUUUACUGCAAGUACUGUUUUGUGUACGGACAUGACUGGGCCCCGACCUUGGGGGUGGAAGAAGGAAUAUCUCAGAUCACCUCUAAGAACCAGAGUAUUCAACCAAACCUUGUGUGGAAUUUUCCUUUUGAAAUCACAUUUAAAAGCACCAAUCCAUACGGCUGGCCGCAGAUUGUUGUCAGUGUCUAUGGGCCAGAUGUCUUUGGGAAUGAUGUAGUGAGGGGAUAUGGAGCAGUGCAUCUUCCGUUUACAUCCGGAAGACAUAAGAAAGUUGUCCCUAUGUUUGUCCCAGAGUCGUCAUCCGUGCUACACAAGUGCAUAAGUUGGCUAACAGGCCGCCGUCCAGAGUUUACGGAUCCAAAAGUUGUGGCUCAAGGCGAGGGGCGAGAAGUUACAAGAGUGAGGUCACAAGGAUUUGUCACCCUUACCUUCAGUGUGGUAACCAAGGAUCUAAAGAAGCUCGGAUACAACAACACAGCAACCAAUUUUCAAAGCACACCAAUUGUUCCUAAUCCCUAAAAACAGGACAAGCCAUCAUCAAAGCCAGAGCUUCUCACAAGUCCUCUUUUAGGCUCCUGAUCACUGUGGACUGUGUUUAUGCUGAUGUGUGAAAGCAAUUGAUUUUCAGACACUGUGCAGGGACAAUCAGAAGAAGGCAUCUGGCCACCUUGAAUACAUGAAAAAAAUACCCGGGCUUUUAUCAUCACAAAUGUAUAACUUUUUCUGUUUGAUUUUCUAGGUUUCCAUUUGUUUUAAGUUACAUUUUUGAUGUUUAAGUUGGAUACAGCGAUACCAGAAAACAAUGUUGUGAGACAGUCUGGGAGUUCACAGAACAGACAGUUGUAGUUGGACGUAUCUAUUACAGGCAUGUAGUUGUUUUGCAUCAAAUGAAAUUCUGUCAACAUGCUCAGUUGAUAGAUCAAUACAUCACUCAAUAACAUUGUAAAUUCUUAAUAGAUAUUGUAGAGUCAGUAAGAAAUGUGCUGUGUGGCUACCAAAUAUUUUUUCCAUCUUCUCUAACCUGGAACUUAAAGCCACACAUUUUGUUUUAUUCUCAAUUAUUACAAUGGCCAUGAGCUGGUUUUUCUUAAUGAUUUAGAAAACUAUGGACCAACCAACUCCUGCCACCAUCGAUAGGUGUGUGGAACUCUCCCGAAAGUCAAGGCUGAUAUUUCCUGGUCUCCUUCGUGAAUACUCAAUGAUAAAGAGAGAUUACUUUUCUUUUAGUCAUGUGAUGCACAUUUUAUAUUUUAAUAUCUCCGUUUAGAUGGAUAUGUUAUGUUACACGUACAAUCAAAGCAUUAGGAGAUCUAAGCUCAAAGGGCUAAGGCAUAUUACCACUUCUCAACAUUGCUUGAGUCUGCCCAACUCAACUCACAAAUCGUAAGGACCUCACGUAAAUUUUCUUUAUUUCACAAAGCACUGUGUAUAAUAAGCAGCAAUCCCCAUGUAACAUGUUGUGUGCCUUACCUAGCAAGUGGUAAAUUAUUAAAAACUAAACCACGGCACCAUGCCACUCUAGGAACCAUAACCACUACCGUGCUAUGGAGUAGUAAUGGUAACUAGAGAGUAAAACACAAACCUCGUUAAUUGAUGGAGGCUGCCUAUUUUAUUUUGUUGUUUAUGAAGUAAAGAUUUUAAAAAAUCCUGGGGGGACUAUUCGGUUCUUUGUACCUUUCGCAUUUUUCAUCUUGUAAUAACAUUUGCAAUCUCCAUGCCCUUUCUCUUGGUCCAAAGAGCUAUUUGGCUGCUAGUUACAAACCUAUUAGCUCUUUUCUUGGUUUUACUGGGUAACUGGGCCGGUCAUCCUAAUAAUGUCCAUUUUAAGGAAGUAUUAAAAUGUAAUCAAUACAUCAUGCAAGUGUUCUCACGAGCAAGUGUAUUAUAUAUUAAUGUUAGUUUGCUUCCUGAUCUGGUUAGCGAGAUGAACCACAGAAUAAUGUGCCCAUGGCCAUCUGUAUUGUCUUUUGGGAUUGAGCUGCAAGCUCUGUCUGAUGUAUCUUGGUGCUCUCAUAUCUCAUUGACCAGCAAGGCUGCUUUAUAUCCCUAUUCAACUAGACCCUCCAAUAGCUAGAAACAUUUUAUCUAUACAUGCACAACCAUUUGCCUAUCAUUAUAUAUCCGUAUGUGCGCCAACAAACCCUUAAUAAGAAUUUAAGGUCCUGUAAUCCUUAUGACAAGAACAUAUAUGUUGAAAAUCUGCAGCUGUAUAGCUACGAUUGCCUACUUCUGUCCAAUUUGUUCAUUUUCUUCCCAUCACAGCGGGAUUUACUUCUUACUUGUGAUAUCUACAUGUCAAUUUAUGCUAAAGUCCCUGUAAAUCCUGGGAUAUUUUUUAGUCAUUGACGGCUGGUUUGAAGAAUAUUUUAUUUAAUAUGAAUUUAGUUCAAAAAGCCAAAAGCCUUCAUUUUCAAAGCACCCUUGACAAAAUUCAGGUCUUUCCUUUUUCUGAAUAUGCAAUAAGUAUUGAGUCGGUCAGGCAAAUAGCUUCUAUUUAUACCAAAGCAAGAGAAACAUAUUUCUUAAGGUCAACCACUUUAUAUGCCUGACUAUUGUAUGUGCUUUUAUUCCCUUGAAGGUCAAAGAAAUAUCUUUCGAUAAUAUAUCCAUUUCUAAAGAAGCAUCAUUGUACAUAAGCACAUAUUAACUCUUUUAGUGACUCUAGGGUCUGUUGCUCAGUACAUCCAUCAGUACCUAAAAGUCCCGGGACACUGUCGCUAAUUGACCCUUUUCUGCAGAAGACAUAUGUCAAGCAUCAUGUUCGGCCUCAACACUGGGUGAUGUACAAAUAUAUAGGAUUUCUGGAUUUUCCCGCUAAUGCUGAAAAAGUAUCUUGCAAUCUUUUUUCUUUAAUAGUUUCAAUAGGCUCCCCAUUAGAAGAAAACUAUUUUGCACUAAUCAAUGGAA